AUGGGCUUCAUCUACCCCAGGAAGGCACCACACUUCCACAGACACUCCAUGGCCUUUGGUGUGCUGGCAGCUGCUGACAGGUGGACCAUUAGCAACUUCUCUGGUUUCAUUGAGGAAAUGGGGGAAUGUAUUACAAGCCCGACGUUCCCACCAGAGGCCAAUGACAAAGUGGCAUGGUGUUUGAGAGUAUACCCAAACGGGGUUGAUGAAGAAAGCGAAGGUUACCUGUCACUUAACCUGAUGUUGCUCAGCUGUGAAAACAGCCCAGUUUGGGUAAAGUUUAAUGUUUGUAUCUUAACUGCCACAGGGGACAAAUGCAAUAAUGCAAGGAGCCCACAUAUCUAUAGUUUACUGCCGCACCAAGCCUUUGAAUUAAAAAAGUUCAUCCUUCUAGAUUUCCUCUUGUCUCAAACCGAAUUGCUAUUACCAGACGACAGACUUACCCUCCUCUGUGAGAUGAGCAUGGAACAAGGCUCCUUCAGCAUUACUGUACAGAACACAAGACCUCCAAUCAAUAUUCCAAGGUGCACGUUGCCAGAUGACCUAGGGGAGCUGUGGGAGAGUUCCCUCUUCACAGACUGCUGCCUGCUAGUAGGUGGCCAAGAAUUUAGGGCGCACAAGGCCAUCCUAGCAGCUCGCUCUCCAGUUUUCAGAGCCAUGUUUGAACAUGAAAUGAAGGAAAGCCUAACUAGUCAAGUUGAGAUCCAAGACCUGGAUCCCCAAGUCUUCAUGGAGAUGAUGGACUUUAUCUACACCGGGAAGGUGCCACACCUCCACAGCCACUCCAUGGCCACUGGUGUGCUGGCAGCUGCUGACAAGUAUGGCCUGGAGGGUUUGAAGGUCAUGUGUGAAGAUGAACUCUGUGGGAACCUCUCUGUGGAGAAUGCUGCACACACUCUCAUCCUGGCUGACCGUCACAGCACAGAGCAGCUGAAGACUCAGACCCUGGAUUUUAUUGCACUUCAUGCUUCUGAGGUCUCUGAGACCUUGGGGUGGAAGUCAAUGGUGGAGUCACAUCCCCACUUGGUGGCUGAAGCAUUCCACGUCCUGGCUUCUGCAAGAGUGUUUACUGGGCCCUCUUUCUCAAAGGACUUAGUAGUCUUUAAGACCUAA